AAGUUUUUGAUAUACAAAUGGGUGGGUCUCGUGGCGCAGGGGUAGCGGCUUCGGCUGCCGAUCCCGAUGAUGCUAUGAGACGCGGGUUCGAUUCCCGCCUUAUCCACUGAGCUUCUAUCGGAUGGUGAAGUAAAACGUCGGUCCCGGUUUCUCCUGUCUCGUCAGAGGCGCUGGAGCAGAAAUCCCACGUUAGAGGAAGGCCAUGCCCCGGGGGGCGUAGUGCCAAUAGUUUCGUUUUCGUUUCGUUUCGAUAUACAAAUAAUAAAUUAUAGGAAAAUGUGGCAGACAUUCAAAAUUAAUUCGGUAUCGAUGUUAUUAUCGGCUGAUUGAGUGAUAUCAAAAGUGAAAAUUUUUACUUGCCAAAACAUGGAAUAAAACUUCAGGUUACGAAAACCAAAACACUGAAAACAAAUCAGUAUUUUGAUUUUCUUAAAAGACUGAAAGCGAACCAAAGCUAACCUCAAAUGUAUGUUUAUAAACGUGGAAUUUUUGAAGAAUGUUUGAAUUCCGUUGAAAGUUUAUCUCAAAUAUUUUCUAAAAUAAAUAGAUCAAUCAGGUUCGAGUAGCCUACAUGUUCAAGAUAUGUCCUGUUUUUCUAAAGUCCAAUAAGCCAAAUAUAAACAUUCAGUGUAAUUUACACAAUCCAAUUGACUUUUACUGUUGGAGUGAGCAAAAUUAACUGAAUAUUAAAAGCUUUGGAUGUUAAUAUCUGGAGUUUUUUUUUUUUUUUUGAAAAGGUCCAAUAAACCAAAAUUCCAGUUUUUGCAUUUUGGGUGUUUUUUAAAACCCCUGACUCAAGGCGGUUUCAAAAACACCCAAAAAGCAAAAACGGGAAUUUUCGUUUAAUGGACCCUUUUUUCUAAAAAAAACUCCAGAUGUUAUAUAAAAAUGAUGACAGUACUUAAAAAAUAUAAGCAUUGCAUGUUCAACAGCCUGGAACCCAUGAAUGCAAUUCCGGCUUGAGUUUGUUUGAAAUUCUAAAUAGACUGUAACGGGUAAUACAGGCCUGGAUUCAGAUUGUUGAUGAAAUCAAAUCUGAGGUUUUCAACAAAAAACUACCUUUGUCUAAUACAAUCGUUACAAAUCGCAAACCACCUCAGCCGAUAAGGUUCUAACUCUAACAAAUUUCACAAACAGAUAAAUUUCCCUCCCUUCAAAAUCAACUCAAUGAAAGAUGUUUGCAGGUACCUGUUCCAAAUAUCCCACCCACCCUGCACAGCAUCCCUCGACCACAGACGCGUACUCACACGCACUCACACAGUAUGCCAUGAUGAGGAUUAUCAGCUCGACGCGAUCGCCCCGAAGGGAGCGAAAAUCAUCUGUCCACAGCAGAUUUCAACGCAUCAUCAUCAUGGCACACUUCGACUCUGACUCUGACUUUGUACAAUUUUCUUUCUCCCUCUCCCCCUUUUUCUCCAAUCUGUACGGAACAGACCCCCGAAUGUAUGCUUUCCCCCUGGUGCCACCACGUGGUGGUGGUGGUGGUGCUGGUGGUUCAUCAAAAUUCAACAAAAUGAUAAUAACAAUAACGAUGGUUCCCCCUCAUGGAUUACAAAAACGAAGGCCACAGCGGCGUCAACCAGCUGGGUGGCAUCUUCGUGGGUGGCCGCCCGCUGCCCGACUCCACCCGGCAACGGAUCGUGGAGCUGGCCCACGCCGGGGCCCGGCCCUGUGACAUUUCCCGGAUCCUGCAGGUUUCCAACGGAUGCGUCAGCAAGAUACUGGGCAGAUACUACGAAACGGGUAGCAUCCGGCCGCGCGCCAUUGGCGGCUCCAAGCCCCGCGUGGCCACGCCCGAGGUCGUGCACCGCAUCUCCCAGUUCAAGCAGAACUGUCCGAACAUUUUCGCGUGGGAAAUCCGCGACAAGCUGCUGAACGAGCGCAUCUGCACGCCCGAGAACAUUCCGAGCGUAUCGUCCAUAAACCGCGUCCUGCGCAACCUGGCCGCCCAGAAGGAGUUUAGCAAGAAACCGCACGCACAAGAAUCGUCGAGUGACGUCGAGUCCAGCUAUCUGGCUGCGUCCGGAAAGUCGCUGAAUGACAGUUCGCCCUUUUUGCACUACAAAUAUGGUGGCGCCGAAAAUGAUAUCAAACCGUCGUCGGCCGGUCCGUCGGACGAAAACAAGGGCUCUUUCGGCAAGCACUGCUUCACCAACUUGGACUCGCCGGUGGGGCUGGGAACCGCCGGCGGAGGUCUCAAACCGUCCCCUCAACAGCAGCAGCAGCAACAGCAACAACAACAACAAUCGGCGCAGGUCAACUUUGACUCGGACUCGGAACGGCUCAGCCUGAAGCGGAAGUUGCAGCGCAAUCGGACCUCGUUCACCGUCGACCAAAUCGAGUACCUGGAGAAGGAGUUUGAGCGGACGCACUACCCGGACGUGUUCUCCCGGGAACGACUGUCUUCCAAAACCAAUCUACCUGAGGCGCGGAUCCAGGUCUGGUUCUCCAACCGGCGCGCCAAGUGGCGCCGCGAGGAGAAACAACGCUCCCAGGCGGCAUCCGAGGGCGCUUCCGUGGCGGUGUCGGCAACUCCCGCACCCCCCUCCGGAGUGUCCUCGUGCAUGAACCUGACUUCGCCGCUCGUCUCGCAGCACGUGUACGACUCCAACAUGUGCGUCGAGGACUCCAACAGCAAUUAUCUGAGCAAGAGCUACCCGCUGGAACCGGGCGCGUUCGCCGGCCUCGAUCCGAUGAAGUCUCCCCAAGGGCACCAGCAACAGCAACAUCAACAGCAGCAGCAACAGCAACAACAACAUCCUCAAACCCAUUCACCAAUGUCCUUCAAGCUGUUCCCCUCGAAUCUCACCGGAUCGGGUGGUGGUGGCGGCAGCGGCGGAAGUGGCUCCAUCACACCCGGAACCAGUGUGCUGCACGAGCCCAACCUGAUGGACGCGGUAGCGCUGUCCAACAACGCCGGUUUCGCGCCCCCUACCUCGGACGACAAGUCCCUGUACAACCACUUUGCCUACGCGGCGGCCGCAGCCAACAUGCACCACACGGCUGCGUACUCGGCCGCCGCAGCCGAUCAUCACCACCACCACCAUCAUCACCAGUCGGCGGCUGCGUCCUACAACGGGAUGUACCUCAAGAACCAGCUGUACAACCUGCCGACGAACGCCGUGUCCGGCGUGCUCAGCUUCCAGUCGACCCUCGACUGGAACAAAAGUUAAUGGUAAGCGUCCCGAGGCCAGGACGCAGCCAAAGGUCUCUCCCCCCUGCUUCACGAGAUGACAAUUGCCAUAACAUGAUUUGCCAUAAAAGGAAAAGAAAAAAAACCGACCGACAUUAUGGUGCACUCUUUGAUCUAUUCUCUCACCAACACAAACAAACAUAUGAAAAGGUAAACAAACAAACAUGGUGAAUGUUGACGAGACACAAAAUAUUAUAUAUUAUUAUUAUUAUUAACUAUGAAAUGAAACACAAACGUGAUCAGUUUUUACUACAAGUGAUGGUUGUCCGUACUUAUUAUACAUAUUAUAGCCAGGAGGAAACACAGAGGUGGGUACGAAAAAGUAUUAUUUUUUGCGUCUAAACUACGUCUUUAAAACACACACACUCACAUUAUAUAUGAAACCCUGUGACACAACAUAAUGUAAACAAACAAAAUCGUAAUGACAAGUAAACAAUGUGUUAGGAAAAUUUAAUAUUUUAAAACGAUGAACGGGUGAGUAAACCCGAUUUGAAGAAGUAUGCAUACAAAAAGAAAAACACUCUUAUUGAAAAUGUAGAACAAUAUAUUCGCAUCAGCUCUCUCGUGCGAGUGCGCGGAGGGCAGUAAAUGAAACUGGAAUGUACAAUAAAGUGACAAGAAGAAAGUAAAAAAAAAACAUUAUUAUUGAAAAAAAGGACGGCUGCGUCCAUUUUAAACAAA